GAUAGAUAGUUAAUUCUCGACUGUUGUAUCUCUUCUUCCUCCUCGAAAACUUGACACCAACUCGACUUCACUCGACAUCACUCACUCAUCGACGACUCCAUAGGGAAUGAAUGGCUUGAAGUGAUUGAGAAGAGGCAGUCAGAAAAUACAGAACAUCUUUGUCGAUAUCCUUAUUGAUUACUACACCCACACUCCGCUUCGAAGCAUCGGGAACAUUGGCAGAUUACCAUCCUCACCAUCCUACCAACCUAAGCGUUCCUGAGCUUUCUAGCUUAUGUUGAAUGGUAGCCAACCAUCAACACGGCCAUUCCGAUCUCAACAUCCCUUCCAAAGAGAAAGCAUUUGAGAAAAACAAUUCAUUCUUUCGUCUGGUAACUUCUGAAGUUACAGCAUUCCUCACGAUUAAUUCCAGCCUCGGAAAUAUAGCAGAAGUUUGAAACAUACAUAUCUAGCAUAUAUUGUAAUUUUGUUGAAAGUCGGCACCAAUGGCUGAACGAAAUAUCUCUAUCGCUUCAAAUCAUUUUAGAGGGAGUGUGGACUCCAAUAUGGCUGCGUCUAUAGGUCCUAAAAGCAUGCCUGAAAUAAUUACGAGGACGACCAAAGGGGGGAGGAAACUGAAAUAUACGUUGACUGUGAUUCAACAACCUGAGCGUGCGAGAGCAUGUGGCUCGGGAGCAAAAUCAUCUGCCGAUCGACGUCCAGUCGACCCUCCUCCCGUCGUUCAACUUCGCAUUUAUGAUGAAACCGAUCCUCGACAAGAAAAGGAGAUAACAUUCCACUACAAUGCAAACUUCUUCCUCUUCGCAACUUUGGAGGUAGCUCGGAAUAUUGCUCAAGGUCGUGUACAAACUUCGGCUCCUCAAGCACCCGUUUUGACGGGCAUGCCAGUGUCUGGAAUGGCCUACUUGGAUAGACCCAAUGAAGCUGGAUAUUUCAUUUUCCCCGAUUUAUCUGUUCGACACGAGGGCCAAUACAAAUUGAGCUUCAAUCUCUACGAGGAAACAAAAGAGGAGAAGGAUACCGACAUCGAACCUUCGAACGAUCCAAGCAUGCGAAAGAUGUCGAGCGCUGCAGCCGCUGCCGAAUCGUCUUUUGAUUGGCGCAUGGAACUCAAAUCUGAUCAAUUCACUGUAUACAGUGCAAAGAAAUUCCCUGGCCUUUCCGAAAGCACUGAUUUGAGCAGAACUGUAGCGGAACAAGGUUGCCGUGUUCGUAUUAGACGUGACGUGAGGAUGAGAAGAAGAGAUACAAAGCCUGGAGGGGACUUUGGUGAAAAAGAGGAUGAAUAUCAGCAAGGAAGAGCUACAUCUCCACCAUUUGAUUAUGCCAUCCAAGCUGCGAGGCAAAGAGCUCUGAGUACAAGCGUUCAUGAGGAUCCACAACAGAGGCGUGGAUCAGGAGAAAGCUCACCAUAUCAUUCGCCUAUUGUAACUACCCCAUUCCGUACGCCUUCAAUUUCUCCAUCGACACCCAACGCCUCUCUUCCUGGUGGUAACCACCUUGGCUGGAUACCGAAUGGACCUGGCUACGCCGCUGCUCCGAGUAUCCAACCUCCACAUCCACCACCGCCUCCACCCUCAUCCUAUCCACAGCCAGUGCCAGCUACUCACCCUAAUCAAGGCCCAUCGACACAAUUUCGUCAGCAACCUCCUCAAGGUCCACCUCCUGCACCUACUAGAUUUGAUGAGAGGCGAUCUUCAUAUAGCCAAUUUCGUCCUUCCACAAACCCUCCUCAUCAGCAAUCGUAUGAACCAGACUACCGAAGAAUGUCCUUUGGAUAUCAGAUCUCUGCUGCAUCCCAAGGCCCUCAACCAAUCGCCCCUGCUGUUCAGAACCAAGCUUAUAAUCAACAAUCAAUGGAGGCUGCUUAUAGCCGCAAUCCUCCUUCUGCAUACUCGACCAGCUAUCAGGAUUCUGUCGCUCUCGCACCACUGAGAGGCGAGCAGUCUACAGCCAUGUCUCCUCUUGCUUCGGUAACGACUAUUUCACGUGGGACGCAAAACUCAGCGCCAAUAUCAAGCCACAACUACAACAAGUUGGAGAGAUCUGGGUCUUACAGUCAAUAUGCUCCCAUCGAGGCGGAGCCAUCAAAGUCGACUAAUAAGAGAAGCUACAAUGAGGUUUUCAGUGAUCCUACUGAAUCAUUAUUCAAUGGUAGACGACCAAGUGCUAUUUCUGCAGAAGACGAAGAGGAAGAAAGAUCCGAACAGCAAAUGACUUAUAGACGAGCCGAUGGCAACAUUCACCAGAAACCCGCCCCCGGUCUCAACUAAACUGCACCAAGCUCAAAAAGUCUUCAGCAACAGCGUCAGUCACGAUUUUUUUUAUAGAAAAGGCGUCGGAUUGACGUUUUCUCUGCACGCCUUUGAACUUUUUCUACACCAUUUUUUCAACGUACGAUUCUGAAGCUGAUUUUUACGAUACCAAUUUGAUGGGUAUGUAUAUACCUCCAACUUUUUACAUUUCUUUUUCUACACGAUUCGCGAUGGUGUUGUUUACACGUAUUUUCGCACGCUUCUGGAAAAGCAUACAUGGCACUUCUCCUUAUGAUAUCUAGAUGGUGGGAAACAUUGACUUUCUGAUACCGUUGUAUUUCUUUUGUUGGUAUAUUGAGCACAUGUGGGAAAUUUGCAAUGGAUGAAUGAGAUGAGGGGUAGCGGGCUGAGAAAACAAUCCUGUAAUUUAUGGACUUGAAAAUGGAGAUGAGAGAAGUAGACUCCUUUCCUGAAUGAGAUGGAUGGAACGAAAUGGAAUGGAAUGGGAUGGGAUUGCAUAGAGUUGAAUACCUACCUACUUACCUACCUACCUACCUACCUACCUACCUACCUA